GUCAACGCCAUGGCCAAGACCCGUAGUGACCAUCUGCUGUACUCCCUGGAAGAGCUGGUGCCCUAUGACUUCGAGAAGUUCAAGUUCAAGCUGCAGAACACCAGCCUGGAGAAGGAGCACUCCCGGAUUCCCCGGGGCCAACUCCAGACAGCCAAGCCAGUGAAGCUGGCCACUCUGCUGGUCACCCAUUACGGGGAGGAGGACGCCGUGCGGCUGACCCUGCAGGUCCUGAGGGCCAUCAACCAGCACCUUCUGGCAGAGGAGCUCAACAGGGCAAUCGGCCCAGGGUGUCAGGUAAAAGAAAGUGACACAGACAGUUCAGCAAUGUCUGGUUCCUCUGCGGAGAUUAAGCCCAAGAGUCUGAAGAUACCAGAUGGCCUGGAAGGUGACAAGCAGCAACAAAGUGGUGACGGGGCUGGCUGCCCACCACCCAUCCAGCCUGAGGCUGGAAGGGGGCCCCAGAAGAAGCCUCUGGGCCAACGGAGAGAUCAGAAAGGCUCUGAGGGCCUAGAUGUGCAGGGCAAGCCAGGGGCCAGGAACACAACUCUGUCUUCCAAGAGAAGCCCCUUUCCCAGCAAGCCACAGGGGGAGAAGGGGAGCAAUGUGGGGGUCAGGCUGCGUAGGAACGCCAGCUCUGCAGGAAGGCUCCAAGGACUCUCCAGCGGGUCGUUUGCUGGGUCCCUGGGAAGGAAAGAAUUUAAGAUAUCUGAAGCAUAUUUACCUUCAGGAAAGAAGCGACCCAAAAGUCUUGAAUUUACCAUUUCUCCAGGAGAGACAGAACCUCUCAACCCAGAAACUCUUCUGCUUCAAGAGAAAAUGAGAAGUGAGAAUCCAUGCUCAGCAGCCACUCUGAACACAGGGGCUACUGUGGCUGCAGAGAAAGGCUCCAGGAAUCCAGAACACGCCAUGACUCUGGAGGGGGGAGCACUCAGGAAUACACUUUCCAGUGUAUCAUUGGCUGGAAAGAAGAUCUGGGAGCAUCCAGAGUCCACAGUACCUGCAGAGAAGAGUGGAACUGAGGCUCCAAAGACCUCUAAGACCUUGAAGGAGGUGGUAGGUGGUGUGCUCCAUGAUCCUUCAAAUCCAGAAGUCCCUCCAUCUUCAGGGAGGCCGCAGGACAAGGCUGUGUGUCCCCUUUGCCGUGUCCAGGAAGGAGACCCGGUUGGUGGCAGCUGCGUGCAUGUUUCCUGCAGCUGCUCCGUUGCUUCUAGGGAUCCUGAGGCCUCACGCGGCCACUCAUCCAGCUGCCCUCGGUGCCAGGACUUGCUCCCGGGGGAGAGCCAUGGAAGCCUCGAGUGGCAGGAGGGCCUGCAGAUGGCCAGCCUGAGCCCCAAGUCCCUGCCACAGUGUGAGCGUCACAUGAAGCAGGUCCAGCUGCUCUUCUGCGAGGACCACGGGGAACCCAUCUGCCUCAUCUGCGGGCUGAGUCAGGAGCACCGAGGCCACCGGGUUCGCCCCAUCGAGGAGGCCGCCCUGGAAUACAAGGAACAAAUUCAGAAGCAGCUGGGGCAUCUGAAGGAGUUGAGAAAAUCUGGAGAGGAGCAGAGAUCUCAGGGGGAUAAGAAGACAGCAAACUCCCUGAAACAAGCUGAAACCCAGAAGCAGAGAAUCCAGUACCAGUUGGAGCAGUUAUGCCAGUUUUUAGAGCAGCAAGAGCAGCUCUUUGUGGCCUGUCUGGAGGAGCUGGGCCAGACCAUUGGCCAAGUCAGGGAGACAUAUGGCACCCGGGUGACAAGGGACAUCGCCCUUCUCGACAAGCUGAUUGGGGAGCUGGAGGCCAAGCAGUGCCAGCCGGAAUGGGAGCUUAUGAAGGACAUCGGAGUCACCCUGCACAGGGCCAAGAAGGUGACUGUCCCUGAGCUGUGGGCCACCCCUCCAGAGGUGAAAGAAAAGAUCCACCUGCUCUACCAGAAAUCACAGUUUGUGGAGAAGCGCAUGAGGCACUUCUUGGAAACCCUGCGUUCAGAAAUGGAAAUGUUCAACGUUCCAGAACUGACUGGUGGUCAGGCACCCUGA